UAUUUACAAACUUUAUGUAUGCACAUUCAUCUCCAUCUCUCUCUAUAAAUACUCGCUAAAACACUUUACGCUCAACUCAUCAGAAUAUUUUCCCACUACUUAACGUUCUAGCUAUAACCAAAGUCCAAAAAGAUCAGUUCAUCAACCAAGAUGGUCUCUUCCUCCAGUUCUAAUUCUAUCUCCGAUAAAACCUUCACAGGUCUUGGCAACCUUAUCAAGCUCCUUCCAACAGGAACCGUCUUCGUGUUCCAAUUCCUCAACCCAGUGUUAACCAAUAAUGGUAAUUGCAGCACUGUGAACAAGUACCUAACCAGCUUUCUCAUCGGCCUUUGCGGCUUGUCGUGCGCUUUAUCUUGCUUCACGGACAGCUACAAAGGCAGCGAUGGCAAGACUCACUAUGGAUUUGUGACCACCACGGGGCUUUGGCCCUCCACUAACGCGGGUUCGGUGGACUUGUCGAAAUAUAAGCUGCGGUUUGGUGACUUUGUCCAUGCUUUCUUUUCCAUCAUCGUUUUCGGUGUGGUGUCUCUUUUGGACUCCAACACUGUGGAGUGCUUUUAUCCUUCUUUUGAGUCCAGUGAGAAGAUUUUGCUGAUGGUGUUGCCUCCGGUUAUUGGUGUCAUUUCUGGUGGGGUGUUCAUGGCGUUCCCUAACACUCGCCAUGGAAUUGGGUACCCUUCAUCUUCUUCAAGUGACUCUUCUUCGGAGGAUAAAUCUUAGGCCAUAUUAAUAAUGCGUCUAAAUUCAGUUUGGUUGGUCGCCGAGAAAGAAUGAAAACCUUUGUCCCUUCUUUUAAUUUUCCGAGAAAAUUGUUCUUUUUUUUUUUUUUUUAAUUUCCCUCUGUCAAAUUAAAUUUGUUUGAUUUUUUUUUUUUUUCACUUGUCUGAACUUUGUAUCAUGAUUAAUUUAUAAAGAAUAGGAAAGAGUGUCAUAUAUGUCUUGAUUUUUUAUAAUGAAGUUCUUAUUUCUUAACUUA